GUGCGUGUGAGCGCGCGAGUGUGGACUCCCACACGCUGCCGUCUGCGCCUGGCCAGCGGCACCGUACCGAAGGCUCCCCCUCCCCGCUCGCCCCCAGAUUCCCUCCCUCCGCGCCGCUUUUGUCUGGAGGGUGUGAUGCGUGUGUGUGAGCGUGUGUGUUUUUGGAUUUCAGACUAAUUUUCUGGAGUUUCUGCCCCUGCUCUGCGUCAGCCCUCACGUCACUUCGCCAGCAGUAGCAGAGGCGGCGGCGGCGGCUCCCGAGCGGGUUGAGCUGGAGCCGCGCAGCUCUGCGCUCUCUCUCCCCGCGCUCGGUGGCCGGCGGCGGGAGGAGCUGGGAGGCAGCGCCGCGGGCGGGAGGCGCCGCAGGCCGGGUGAGCCGCGCAGACACUGGCCGCCGUCGCCUCGGGCCCUCGCUGUCGCCCGGCGGCGGCCGCAGCUGCUCCCCAGCCCUGAGGUGUGCACCGAUCCCUGUGACGGUUUAGUAAGGAGUCUGCGACCCAGAGUCCCGUGAGCGCCGCGGACCGGUGCCCGGCGUGCGGGGCCAUGCAGCCGCGGCCACGGUGUAGCUCGCAGCAGCGCCCCCUGUGAAGAGGCCCGCGAUGCCCCGGCCACUGUGAACCCCGCGGCCCGCGUGAAUACGCUCAGCCACGGACCGGCUCAGCCUUGGAUACGCCGCUGCACUCCGCACUAGGCGACCAGCACCGAGGAAUCCAGAGGGCGGAGGGCACGCGGAAGGCCUCCCCCAUCCGCGGGGGAAGCCGGCGUGGGCAGCGCAGGGACACGCACUCGGACUGGCACUGGCAGCUAGGGAUGUCGUCCUGGUCGAGGUGGCAUGGACCCGCCAUGGCGAGGCUCUGGGGUUUCUGCUGGCUGGUUGUGGGCUUCUGGAGGGUCGCUCUCGCCUGUCCCCCGUCCUGCAAGUGCAGUGCCUCUCGGAUUUGGUGCAAUGAGCCUUCCCCUGGUAUCGUUGCUUUUCCGAGAUUGGAGCCUAACAGUGCAGACCCCGAGAACAUCACUGAAAUUUUCAUCGCCAAUCAGAAAAGGUUGGAGAUCAUCAACGAAGAUGACGUUGAAGCUUACGUGGGACUGAGAAACUUGACAAUUGUGGAUUCUGGAUUAAAAUUUGUGGCUUAUAAAGCAUUUUUGAAAAACAGCAACCUGCAACACAUCAAUUUCACUCGAAACAAGCUGACGAGUUUGUCUCGGAAACAUUUCCGUCACCUUGACUUGUCUGAGCUGAUCCUGGUGGGCAAUCCGUUUACAUGCUCCUGUGACAUUAUGUGGAUCAAGACUCUCCAAGAGACCAAAUCCAGUCCAGAAACUCAGGAUUUGUACUGCCUAGACGAAAGCAGCAAGAACAUCCUCCUGGCAAACCUGCAGAUACCCAAUUGUGGUUUGCCGUCUGCUCGUCUGGCAGCACCCAACCUCACUGUGGAGGAAGGGAAAUCUGUCACUCUUUCGUGUAGUGUGGCAGGUGAUCCACUUCCUAACUUGUACUGGGAUGUUGGGAAUUUGGUUUCCAAACAUAUGAAUGAAACUAGCCACACACAGGGCUCCUUAAGGAUAACUAACAUUUCGUCUGAUGACAGUGGAAAGCAAAUCUCAUGUGUGGCAGAAAAUCUCGUUGGAGAAGACCAGGAUUCUGUCAACCUCACUGUGCAUUUUGCACCAACUAUCACAUUUCUCGAAUCUCCAACCUCAGACCACCACUGGUGCAUUCCAUUCACUGUGAAAGGCAACCCCAAGCCUGAGCUGCAGUGGUUCUAUAACGGGGCAAUAUUGAAUGAGUCCAAAUACAUCUGCACUAAAAUACAUGUUACCAAUCAUACGGAGUACCACGGCUGCCUCCAGCUGGAUAAUCCCACCCAUAUAAAUAAUGGGGACUACACUCUAAUGGCCAAGAAUGAGUACGGAAAGGAUGAGAGACAGAUUUCUGCUCACUUCAUGGGCCAACCUGAAGUUGGAGAAGAGACAAACCCAAGUUAUCCUGAAGACCUCUAUGAAGACUGGACCGCCACAACUGACAUUGGGGAUACUACGAACAAAAGCAAUUCUUCCACAGAUGUUGCUGACAAAACUGGGCGAGAGCAUCUCUCGGUCUAUGCUGUGGUGGUAAUUGCGUCUGUGGUGGGAUUUUGUCUUCUGGUAAUGCUGCUUCUGCUUAAACUGGCAAGACAUUCCAAGUUUGGCAUGAAAGAUUUCUCAUGGUUUGGAAUUGGGAAAGUAAAGUCAAGACAAGGUAUAGGCCCAGCUUCUGUUAUCAGCAAUGAUGAUGACUCAGCCAGCCCCCUCCAUCACAUCUCCAAUGGGAGUAAUACUCCAUCCUCUUCAGAGGGCGGCCCCGAUGCUGUCAUUAUUGGAAUGACCAAGAUUCCUGUUAUUGAAAAUCCCCAGUACUUUGGCAUCACCAACAGUCAGCUCAAGCCAGACACAUUUGUUCAGCACAUCAAGCGACAUAACAUUGUUCUGAAAAGGGAGCUAGGCGAAGGAGCCUUUGGAAAAGUUUUCCUAGCUGAAUGCUAUAACCUCUGUCCUGAGCAAGAUAAGAUCUUGGUAGCUGUGAAGACACUGAAGGAUGCCAGCGACAAUGCCCGCAAGGACUUCCACCGUGAGGCUGAGCUGCUGACCAAUCUCCAGCAUGAGCACAUUGUCAAGUUCUAUGGUGUCUGCGUGGAGGGUGACCCGCUCAUCAUGGUCUUCGAGUACAUGAAGCACGGGGACCUCAAUAAGUUCCUUAGGGCACACGGCCCGGAUGCAGUGCUGAUGGCUGAGGGCAACCCUCCCACUGAGCUGACACAGGCGCAGAUGCUGCACAUCGCCCAGCAGAUAGCUGCCGGAAUGGUCUACCUGGCAUCCCAGCACUUCGUGCACCGUGAUCUGGCCACCCGGAACUGCCUGGUUGGGGAGAACCUGCUGGUGAAAAUCGGUGAUUUCGGGAUGUCCCGGGAUGUGUACAGUACUGACUACUAUCGGGUUGGUGGCCACACGAUGCUGCCCAUUCGCUGGAUGCCUCCAGAGAGCAUCAUGUACAGGAAAUUCACCACAGAAAGUGACGUCUGGAGCCUUGGGGUCGUGUUGUGGGAGAUCUUCACCUAUGGCAAGCAGCCCUGGUACCAACUAUCAAACAAUGAGGUGAUUGAAUGCAUCACUCAGGGCCGAGUCCUGCAAAGGCCUCGCACAUGCCCCCAAGAGGUGUAUGAGCUGAUGCUGGGGUGCUGGCAGCGGGAGCCACACAUGAGGAAGAACAUCAAAGGCAUCCACACCCUCCUGCAGAACUUGGCCAAGGCAUCUCCGGUCUACCUGGAUAUCCUAGGCUAGGACCCUUGUCCCCAGAUCGAUCCUUUCCAACUCACUCCUCAGACUGGCCGACAGGAUGAACAUCUUUAACUGCCACUGGAUGUCAUGACCUUGCUGUCCUUCACUCUGGCAGUAUUAACAAGACACCGAGAUGCUUUCAGAGGGAAGCAGUGUGCACCUCUCCAUCCACAGACACAGUAUUAAUGUCCCUUGGCGGUAUCUUUUUCUCUCUUUCCAUCUCCUUUGGUUUGUUUCCUUUUUCCCAUUCUGUUUUUCCCCCGUUUUCCCUUCUUCAUGGUCCUUCCCCUCUUCUUGAUCAAUCUGGCUUCUGCGUUCCUAUUAACUGUGCAUAGACAAAGGCCUUAACAAACCUAAUUUGUUAUAUCAGCAGACACUCCAGUUUGCCCACCACAACUGACAAUGCCUUGAUGUAUUCCUGCCUUUGAUGUGGAUGAAAAAAAGGGAAAACAAAUAUCUGACUUAAACUUUGUCACUUCCGCUGUACAGACAUCGAGAGUUUCUAUGGAUUCACUUCUAUUUAUUUAUUAUUAUUACUCUUCUUAUUGUUUUUGGAUGGCUUUAGCCUGUGUAUGAAAAGGAAAACUUAUGUUCAAUCUGGGAAAACUUUAUUUAUGGGAGAUGGAAAACAAAGAGAGAGAAGAUUUCUUCUAGACCACAGUAUGGGAGAAACAAAGGCAAAAGCAGUGGAAUCAACUGUCAGCCCUACCUAGGAACACCCAGCAACCAUCAGCGAGGAGGAACGUGUUUGGCACCUUCCCCUGAGGACCAUCCUGAGGAGUAAAAGGAACACUGAACUCUGUGCCAUGGACAGAGUUUCCCAUCACAAACACUGGUGUGCAGUAGGAAAAAAAAGAUGAUUUCCAUGAGACACAAGACGGCACUUCAUAUACUCAGUCCGUGUGGUUGGUCAUAAUGAUAACACUGGCAUGUCCUUGAGCAUUAUCUACCGAGCUUUUGUUGAAAAGAAGUGGAUUCUUGUCCAGAGAUCAUUCUAGGGUCAGGUGGGGAUUCUGUGGACUUGAUAAAGACAGGACUUACAAUUUGGAGGCAAGUUUCUCUUACUUUGAACUUUUCAGACAGCAAUUCCCUUCAACCCCAACCCUCCACUCCUACCUGCCCUUCUAACUGUGCAAACAAAAUUGUGCAUGGUCUUUGUCAAUUAAUACCUUGUAUGCAGAAACUGCUGCUCCAGAUGUGUGCCCAAUAGGUAGAGCAGAUCCAUAAAAGGUCUAACUUACAUAAUUUAGUGGAGUUUUGGGCUCAUUAGCUGAAAACAACAUCUCUGCCUUGUGCAUUUGGUGAUGAUAGGUUUUACUUAAUCUGGACCCUGAAGCCUGGAUAUCUUCAGUAUGUCAAAGCCACAGACUGUGGGGCAGGCAGAAUCCAUCCCCAAAGAAUAGGAAUGCUCACUCGGGGACAUCACACGAGUUCAUGCUCAGUGUGCACAGGUCAACUCUCUUGCUCUGGGCUCUGGUUUGGAGAAGGGUUUCAUUCUAAUGUACUCCAUUGUCAACAUGCUGUUUUGUUUCUCUAUGCUCCAUUAAAAAGUUUAAAAAAUGGCAGAGUAUGCCAAUGGGAGACCAUGCCCAGACUGAGCGUGGAGCUGUACUUCUGGGCAAAGUCAUUGGUUUUUCAGAAAGAGAGUGUAAAUUUAAGAAGAAAUUCACAGUUAUUUGGGUAGUGGGUUAUACCAAGUCUGUUCCCCUGUUCCCCUCUGUGAGGGGAAGUUCGCUACAUGCAGCAUCUUUAUAACAUGAACUGGAUAGAAGAGAGUGAGCUUAGUUCACCUUAGGUCAUUUUAUUUAGUGUUUAUUUCUGAAGGUGCAAGAGCUCUAGAUUGGUUUUACUUGUGCCCAUUCAUUUCUGGAGCACUUUGUUCUCUAUUAUAGGCUUUGGAAGCCAGUUCCCAAAAAAACUGAAUGUGUAAAUUAACAGAGAACAAAAGGAAAUCCAGCAUCAGCUGUUCAAGCCAGGGGUUGGACGAGGCAAACAUUAUGGUCCUUUCAGUUCUGCACUGGUCCAGGAGAGAAGGGAGCUCUUUGUGAAAAUAAAGCCCUCCAGAAUACAUAUAAUAAUAUAAUGAAAGCCAUAUCUCCGUGAUAUACACGGACACAUAUAUAUCAUAUUAAGGACCCAUGGUACUGUUUAAAACACUAUGGAACUGUGAAGAAGUAAAGAAGGGGCAGAUUUGUACAGACUGUUCUAGAUUCCAUCAGUGAUGGCCUAAAAACUUACACAGAUUUGUCACUCUGUGUGUCUAACCAGCUGCUCUGGGAGAAAAAGCUGCAGGUUACUUAAGAGAGAGCAAAGGUGAUACUUUAAGAGGUCAAAUUUAUGGAGGGCUGUGCAGUUUUACAUGAAAGAUUUGUUAUGAGAAUAUGGGAGCAUUCCAUUCCAGUUUUGUAUUUUUCUCUGCAGGAAAAAAAAGAAAAAAAAAGAAUUUCCUUAUACUUUUUGACAAGUGUCUGAAGGUUUUAACACGAAAGAGUCUAUGCAAGUUCAAAGUUUUAUAAUGAUUUAUACUGCAUUAUUAUUAUUAUUAUUAUUAUUCUCUGUUGUCUCAGGAAUAUGUGCUGACUUCAGAGUUAUUUUGCAUUGAGACAGCAUCAGAUUGCUUUUAAAGUAGUCAAUGAGCCACAGGAUAUCUUAAAAUACUGUUGUUCCUCCAGUACUCUCUUUCUCAUGGUAUUUUAAUUUUCAGAAAUGCAACAUUCUUAUUUUAAAAUGGGUUGAUUCCCAAAUAUGGCUUGCCAUCAAGCGUGUUAAACCCAAACACACUCUGACAGUCACUCCAUUUCUAAAUUGUUUCAUAGUUUCUAAAGUCUCUUCACAUGCAUUCGCAAAUUAUUCAUAGUUUUCAUGGGUGAAGAAAUCAAGACUCGGAGAAGCUCACUGGCCAAACAUGGGCUUCAUCCAAGUACUCUGAUUUUAUAAGUUCAUGAUUCUGUCCACUAGAGAUGCUAAUAUACAAACGAGACAUUCAGGCAAGAAAGCAUGCUACAAUGUCCAAGAAAAGGGAUGUGACGUUAGAACAAAGGGAAACACGAUGGGUAUAAGCAGCUGAGAUGUAACAUGCGUGUUCGUGCCCACUUCUGCUGACUCGUGUACGCUGAAACAGUGUCAUAAUCUGCCUCAUUUAGAAAACACUUUGAACGCUGCUACCAAGGAUUCUACCAGAAUUCAUGCACGCGUGUUCAUGUCAGCUCUGCUUGUCGUGUUUUCAUGUAUUUAUAUAUAUAUGUUAUAAACACUUGAUUUAUACAUAUACAAAUGCACAUAUGUAGUGUGUUUGUGUGUUUAUGUAUAAAUAUAUAGGCACAUGGUAAUAGAACAAUUAUAAGUAGGGUGCAGUAUGAAUAAUUUGCUUAAAAUCUGCUAAAUAACCAAAACUUUUUAAUGUCACGUGGCAGUUAAUGUUUCCAUUCUCCACGUGAGGACUACAUUCAACCCUGUGCAGUCCUUCUUGGAUGGAAGAUGUAUUUAAAGUAGUAUACUUCCCGACACAAUAGACUGAAAGCCAUCCCUGUCCAUCAAGUCCUCCCUCUGGUCUUUGCAAAGGAAAAUGCAGACAAAUCGAUCUCCUAUGUGCAAGCCCAGGAAAGAAGAUGCCAAGUUUCAUCUGUUUGCAUAUUUGUAUCAUGUUCACUUUUUCCCAUUGUGACCCUUUUGCACCUGAAUUCAGAGACUGAGCAUUCUAGAUGUAGACUGGAAUUUUGUUGGGAAACCAGUGUCUUGAAGGCCAAUGGGCAGAAUGUCCAAGAUUCCACAGCAAGACUCCCUCGUCUAUGUGCCUAAUGAUUCCCUCUGUGUGGGGAACAUGAGCCAUGGUUUGGGUGUUCUCCCUUGUAAACGCUGGACAGCAGGAUCCCUGGUCAAGAGCAGAUUUUCCUUUAGCCUUUCCUGUUUCAAACAGGACUGACAGUGAUAACAGUCGCAUUAAGUUAUGUCUAAUAUUUUGAGUGGCAGCAUGAACACGUACACCCUCAUUGCCUUGCCUCCUCACUUUUUCUCACAAAUUUGAGAG